AUGUUACUCCCCGCCCCUCCUUCUUUGAGGGGUGCCCCCCCUCCUUUCUCGCGCCUUUUGUUGCCUCAGCAGCUGCUGUUGACCUCUUUGGUGCUGAGGAGGUUGGUAUUGCGUCUGCUCCUAGCGGGAGGCGCUGCGGCAGGGAUGCGCGUACUAGGGGUGGGGGUGGUGGGGGUAGUGGAGGUGGGGGUGGAGGUGGCAGAGGUGGUGGCAGUGGCGGUGGUGGGGGUGGUGAAGGUGGCGGUGGUGGAGGAGGUUGCAAGGUUGGUGCCGGCAGUGGGAGUGGCGGAGGGGCCUCGAGUGGCGGUCGAGGUGGAGCUGGAGGGGGUGGAGGCCAGGGAGCGGCGUCUGGUGGUGCGGCUCAUGGAGGCGGAUGUUUUGGAUCCACGUCAGCAGGAGACUCACAGCAGCUUCCUGAGUGGGUUGCCCAGCGAGGCUCUUCCGAUGGCGGUGGUUGCUGCCAGUAUGUCCGAAGCACUGGUCCCCGCCCUGCUGAGCAUAGAGGCUGCUAGUGUAGGUGCCUAUGGGACUACUAGCACAGGUGUAGAUCCUUUGGAGGCAUUGCUCACCUUCACAUUGUAG